AUGAGUCCGCCGCCGCCGCGGCGAUCGAGAGCCCGGCCGAGGAGACCGCCGGACACGAUCCACAGCUGGAUAAUUCUCGACCGGUGCGCCCACUGCAGCGACGGCGACGUCGUCGGCGACGACGACGACGACGACGUGACGGCGUCGGAGAGCGCCCACACCUGCAGCGGCCGCCGCAUCCGCGCCUCCCUCCGCGUCGCCGACCCGCCCGCCGUCUCCCGCCUCCACCUCCACCGCCUCGACGGGCCGUGGCCGGACGCCUACGACCUGCACCACGCCGAGGUCCUCGCCGCCCACAAUGGCGCCAUCCUCUUCCGCACCGGCGUCCCCUUCUCCGACCCGGGCUUCGUCGCGCCGGGGCACUUCCCCGUCGACUACUUCGUCUACACCGCCGGCGGCGGCGCCGCCGCCUCGCCGCCGUCGCUCACGCGGCUGCCACCUUGCUUCAUCGGCGGCUUCUCCGACCCGGCCGAGGACGAGUACUACAAGCCGUACCGAGUCCAGCGGCAGCGGAUCAUGCUGGGCGAGAACAUCGGCUUCCUCUCCGGCGACGUCGCCGGCGAGUUCACGGUGGCGGACAUCAGAAACUACGACGGUAAUUCCCUCGAGCUCUGCAUCUUCAACCACCAUGCCACCUUGCCGUCGCCGUCGCCGGAGCAGUCGCCGGAGCAAUGGAGGAUCCAGCGUGUACCCAAGAUUGGCGACGACGACGAGCUCCCCAAAUGGGUGAACGACCUCGUCCUCCCCCUGCACGGCCACUACCUCUGCUGCGUCGACUUCUACAACGGCAUACUGCUCAUCGACGCCGAUAACCUGCAGCAAUUCAGCUACAUCCCGCUGCCGGAGGAGGCCAUGAAUGGCAGCCGCCGCGUCGACGACGACGAGGACGACCCCGACCCAGCUCGCCGCGUCUCCGUCACCGGCGCCGGCCUCGUCACGCUCGUCUGCGUAGACAAGAUCGCCACACGCGGCAAGAUCACGAGAGAUUUCACCAUCAAAUCAUGGGUCCUGACCAACAUCCACCACCACCACAACAACAAGAGCAGACGACGAUGGCGGCGCAGUUUCGCCAUGGGAUCCGACGAGUUCUGGCGCAUCUGA